AAUCACCUAAAGUUACCUAAUACCAAUUUACUUACAUAUUAUUUUUUCAUUGUUGCAGGACACAAGGCAAUAAGUUAUGUCACCAAAUGUGAACAUGGAAACUUUCAAUCCUCCGACCACUUUACAAGAAGCUGUCAAUUUGAUCAAGUAUAUGAAAACAACUCACAAACAAGAAAUAUUUAAACUAAAAGAAACUUCACACAAGCAAGCAGAAAUCAUCAAGAAAUUAGAAGCAACUAGAAAAAUGGAACUGGAAUACCUGUCGAGUGAACUUCACAAAUACGAAGUUAAUCUAGCUUUAAGGACAGAGUCCGUUACAAAAGAACUAGCACUUAAAGAUGAAAUAAUUAAUAAACAAGCAGAAAUAAUAGAAUCGCUAAAGAAUAAACUCAAAGAAUAUGACAACCAGAUGAAAGAUAUCCCAGUUCCUGAAAUUACGAUACUCAAUGUUGAUUCUAAUUCAGAUUCAGGUAUAGCCAUGGACAGUAAUGACAGCAUAAGCCAUGGUGAUAUCGCAGUGAAACCUGAGGCUAAACUUCGGAAAUGCAGACGAUUUGCUGAAUCUAUUAACUUCUUAAGACGAGUUGACUUUUCUCCGAUAAAGUAUAAACCUAGCCAGCGAGAUAUUACCGUGAAGCCAUCAAAGAAAGAUGAAAGCAGGAAGAACAGUCUUGAUACAUCACCACCUAACUGCAAACGAGUCGAUAGACUUUUAAGUGUUGACAAACUAGUAAGUGACUACGAAAGGCCUAAAUCUGCCGAUCCAUGUUUCUCCGACUGCAGUUUAGAACCUAUAAUUUUAAGACCUAAGCAAAUAAAUGACAGCAUGAAUAAUCAUUUCUCUGACGACGCAAGUGAAGACACAAGUGAGGAAGUAUUCAAUAGAGUAAUGACUAGAAGCAGUGUCAGGCGUUCUGUCAAAGCUAAUCCAAAGUACAAGAAAAUCAACCGCACAAAAUCAAAGCUUUUGGGACAAGUCAAAGUAAGCAUAGGUGAUUAAAACAUUAUGUACAUUUGUGUAAUUUGCAAUAGAUUAUGUGUAAUUUACAAUAGAUUUAUCGACUUCUAUGAUUCUAUACUUUUAAUUAAUAUUGUAAAAUAAAAUCUUCACUUUCUGUAUUGAAUAAAAAUAUCCGUCAACA